AUGGGCGACCAUAACCUUUCUAUUACACCUCCUGCUGAAGUGCCAUUGGCGGAGGACCCUUUCUGGGGGUACCUCAGUGACGUCCUCACUGUUCCCGGUCCUCCUCCAGACGAUCCCACUUGCGCCGUGUGCCCUACCAGUCUUGUCCCAAUUGAUUUCAUGAAUCCCUCCCAUGCUCUCAGUCCUACAUCAGGUGCCCCAACCCUUGUUGCGCCUCUCACUAGCCCUGACAAAGCUGACUCCGCGCCUACAACCAACGCUUCCAACCCCGCUGGCGAGGAUGAUGCCCAAUCUUCGCUGAAGAGGCGUCGGACCCGUCACUCUCCCGAGCGAGACUACUCCCAGGAAGUUAUCGCACACAACCGCAAGCGGAGGAGAACCGGCCAAGCCUGUGACCGAUGCAAGGUGCGCAAGUUCAGAUGCGACCCACGCCUCGAUGGCUGUAUCAAUUGCUACUUAGCAGGCCUGGAGUGCAAAGUGACAGAUCUCGUUACUACGGAUACUUCCGUCCGAGGUGCUGCUCGUCGCAUGGCUGUGGAGAUCAAGUGUCUGCAGGAUCGUGUUGCCGCCCUCGAGCAGGAAAACGAGCAGCUUCGUGCCGACCUUUACCAGAAAACCAGGCAAUCCCUUCCGACAGCGAGCACACUGUCACCCUCAGGCAGGAAGGCCCCCGUUCAGCUAGAGUAUGUCGAGCUGCGAAGCGAGCUGCCCAGCCUCACCGACGGCGAACAACUGUACAAUGCUUAUUCCUUCAUCACCGCCCAAGUAGGCAAAACCCUGCCCUUCGCCUCAAACGACAAAGACCAGAAGCUAGUACGAUAG